AUGAAGGCAACUGGCCUCUUCCUGCUCCUUGGUGUGGGGCUUUGCUGCUGCUCAGCCAAUGCUGAACCGGAUGGUGCUUCUGACGAAGGGAAAGAGCCUGAUUGUGGCAGGUAUAUACUUCCGGCCUGCCCCAAAAUCUUGGAUCCUGUAUGUGGCACCGACAAUUUGACGUAUCCCAAUGAGUGUGAGUUGUGUACUAAGAACCUGAAAAGGCAAACUAACAUUCGCAUAAAGAGGAGAGGAAUGUGCUGA